AUGCCUUGCGGCGGCGGUUUUAGAUUGAGGUUGAGAGCUAUACACACGUGGAUUCGGGACUAUGACAACCUCCAGUGGCUCGCGCUAAGGCUGAUCUACGCCCAAAUUGGCUGCGCCUUGGUUGGAUCGCUCGGCCCAAUCUACAACGGUGUUUUGCUCGUCGAUUUGGGGAUUUCGCUGUUCGCGCUCGUCGCCAUUGAGAGCAGCAGCCAGAGCCUCGCUAGGACAUACGCAUUUCUUCUCUUCUGUUCCAUUUGCCUCGACUUUUCAUGGUUCUUCAUUUUCUCUCAUCAUAUCUGGUACUAA